GCAACGCGGUGCCCGCGCGCCGCUUGCUCCCCCCUCCUCGCGCUCCACGCGCGCCCGCGCUCGCCGCCAGCGCGCGCUGCCCCGGAGCGCGACGACAGCUGUGUGGGGGGCAGCGACAGCGCCACUGGCGUCAGCACCAGUAACCGAAGCCGCGCUCGCUGGCUACAAAACACGCGCCCCCUCCUCCCCUCACCGCGGCUGCGCACGCAUUCCCCAUUCCCCAUUCCCCUAUCUCUCGAACCCUAGCCCCUAGUCCCCUCCCGAACCCUAGCCCCCACCGCGCCGCCGCCGCCGCCCUCCCGAUCGCGAUGGCCGCCGAGAGCUACUGGCAGUACCAGUACGCCGCCGUCGACCCGCGCCAGCAGGCGCCGGCGCCGGUGCCUGUGCCCACGCCCGCGCUCAUGUGGCAGCAGCAGCAGCAGCAGGCGGGGUAUCAGCCCGCCGUGGCGCCGGUCGCGCCCCCGAUGGCUGCUCCGCCACUGCCCGCCGGCCCCCCGCCGUCGUUCAAGCGCCAGCGCCCGGAGUACUUCGACAUGCCUUCUGGACAGGGAAACAGCCUCUUCCACGAAGCAAUGAGCCCCCAUUAUGUCCAUCGCUUGAACAAUCAGAUGUCCUAUGCUGCUGGUGCUAACCAAAGUGCUAUUCCACUUGGUGGGAUGGCCACAUAUUCAGCAGGCAUGGACAGUGGAAACCAUGGCGCUACAAUAACUGAAUCAAGAACUCUCUAUGUGGAAGGACUACCUUCGAACUGCACAAAGAGAGAGGUUGCACAUAUCUUUCGCCCCUUUUCUGGUUUCCGUGAGGUGAGAUUGGUCAACAAGGAGAUUAGGCAUGCUGGAAGCUGUAACCUCUUGUGUUUUGUUGAUUUUUCAUCUCCUCCUGAAGCUCGUGCUGCUCUGGAGACUCUGCAAGGCUAUAAGUUUGAUGAACAUGACCAUGAGUCUUCCAACCUGCGCAUACAAUUCUCUCUCACUCCUCGCAGGAGGCCAAUUGGUGGGCCUCGUGUUAGAAACUAAGUUUCUUGGGUGGAGUUGAAUUAAUAAUGCAGAGCAAAAUUUGUGGAGAAUCUCUAGGGAGACUUGUAUACAAUGCUAGACCAAACUUGACUCUGAUGCACCGUUAGUGUUGUAUGUUGUUGCUUUGCAAAGAUUCUGCCGUGUAGGUUGGUAUGGAUGUGUUGAUAACUAUUGGUUGGAUGGAAACAAAGUAGAUGGGGCUGAAAAAUUGUUUAAUCAUGUGCUGUGUGAUCUGAAUUACAUCUAUUCUUCUGUGGAUGAUUGCAAUGAGUA